GACGACGGCGGCGGCGGCGGGGACGACGACAUGUUCCGCAAGGUGAGGAGGGUGAACGUGCGCAAGAGGAACGACUCGGAGGAGGAAGAGGAGCCGGAGGAGAAGGAGGAGCAACAGCAGCAGCAGCAGCAGCAAGAGCGAGACGAGGAGCCGGCGGAGGCGGAGGACGCGGGGCCCGGGGAGCCGGUCGUCCCCUCAGCCUCUCCUCAGCCCCUCCUUCCUCCUCCUCCUCAGCCCCUUCCUCCUCCUCCUCCUCUUCCUCCUCCUCAGCAACCCCCCGCCUGCUGCCACGACCCCGGCAACGGGCUCAGGCCCCGCAAGAGGCCGCGGGACUCCAGAGAGGCCCCCAGGACCACCAGCCUCCUCAGUUUCCAGGACGACGACGAAGAAGCUGAAGAAGUUUUUAAAGUGAAGAAAUCAAGUUAUAGCAAAAAGAUAGUAAAGCUGCUGAAGAAAGAAUAUAAAGAAGAUCUUGAAAAAUCAAAGGUUAAGACAGACCUCAAUUCACUUCCUGACUCCGAACAGCCUUUGACCAAAGCAGGGCACGUUAAGGACUCUAGUCAAGAGGAUGGGGCCGGAGCCAGCGAACAUGGCGAAGAAGAGAUGGAGGUGGAAAGCGAAAAGGAGGAAGAAAAACCAAAAACCGGAGGAGCUUUUUCAAGCGCUUUAUCGUCCCUGAACGUUCUCCGUCCAGGAGAAAUCCCAGAUGCGGCGUUCAUUCACGCGGCGAGGAAAAAGCGUCAGAUGGCCCGGGAACUGGGCGAUUUCACACCCCACGAAAAUGAGGCCGGUAAAGGCCGCCUCGUCCGAGAGGAUGAAAACGAUGCCAGUGACGACGAGGACGACGACGAGAAGCGGCGAAUCGUUUUUUCUGUAAAGGAAAAAUCGCAGAGGCAGAAGAUCGCCGAGGAAAUAGGGAUCGAGGGGAGUGAUGACGAAGCUUUAGUCACCGGUGAGCAGGAUGAAGAACUCAGUCGGUGGGAGCAGGAGCAGAUAAGAAAAGGAAUCAACAUACCUCAGGUCCAAUCGAGUCAGCCUGCCGAAGUGAGCACGUACUACCAGAAUUCGUACCAGGCGAUGCCUUACGGCUCGUCUUUCGCCAUCCCUUACACCUACGGCGCCUUCGGAUCGUCGGAAGCCAAAUCGCCCAAAACAGAUAAUACGGUCCCUUUCAAAAGUCCCAGUAAUGAGAUGACUCCUGUUACUAUUGAUUUGGUAAAGAAACAGCUUAAAGACAGGUUGGACUCGAUGAAAGACGUCCACCGAGCAAACCGGCAGCAGUACGAAAAGCACAAGCAAAGCCGAGCGGACUCUACCCGGACCAUUGAGCGGCUGGAAGGGUCUUCCGGGGGGAUCGGUGAACGGUACAGAUUUUUGCAAGAAAUGCGAGGGUAUGUCCAAGACUUGCUUGAGUGUUUCAGCGAAAAGGUGCCCCUGAUUAACGAGCUUGAGUCCGCCAUGCAUCAGCUGUACAAACAGCGAGCUUCCCGCCUUGUCCAAAGACGACAAGAUGAUAUUAAAGAUGAAUCUUCGGAGUUUUCAAGCCAUUCAAAUAAAGCUCUCAUGGCCCCAAAUCUUGACUCUUUUGGGCGAGAUCGCGCGCUGUAUCAAGAGCACGCCAAACGUCGGAUCGCGGAGCGAGAGGCCAGGAGGACCCGUCGGAGACAGGCGAGGGAGCAGUUGGGCAAGAUGGCGGAUCACCUCGAAGGCCUUUCCAGUGACGAUGAAGAAACAUCCACGGACAUCACGAAUUUCAACCUGGAAAGAGAUCGCAUAUCCAGAGAGUCCAGCAAAGUCUUCGAAGACGUCCUGGAGAGCUUCUAUUCGAUUGAUUGCAUCAAGUCCCAGUUCGAAAUCUGGCGGUCCAAGUACUUCACUUCCUAUAAGGAUGCGUAUAUUGGUCUUUGUUUACCUCAAUUAUUUCAUCCUCUAAUAAGGUUGCAACUUCUUUCUUGGACUCCCUUGGAGGCCAAGUGCCGGGACUUCGAGAGCAUGCUGUGGUUCGAGUCCUUGCUGUUUUACGGCUGCGAAGAGCAGGAGCAGGAGAAGGAGGACGCCGACGUGGCCCUGCUCCCGACCAUUGUGGAAAAAGUGAUCCUCCCCAAACUGACAGGGAUCGCCGAAAAUACGUGGGAUCCUUUUUCGACGACGCAGACGGCGCGGAUGGUCGGGAUCACCCUGAAGCUGAUCAGCGGCUACCCCUCGGUGGUCAACGCGGAAAACAAAAACACCCAGGUAUAUUUAAAGGCACUUUUGUUAAGGAUGCGAAGAACUUUGGACGACGACGUGUUCAUGCCCUUGUAUCCUAAGAAUACCUUGGAAAAUAAAAACUCUGGGCCUUACUUGUUUUUUCAACGCCAGUUUUGGUCGUCGGUUAAGUUGUUGGGAAACUUUCUGCAGUGGUACGGAAUCCUUUCCAAUAAGACCCUCCAGGAGUUAUCCAUAGAUGGCUUGCUAAAUCGAUACAUCCUUAUGGCUUUUCAGAACUCAGACUGCGGAGAUGACAGCAUCAAAAAAGCUCAAAAUGUCAUCAAUUGCUUCCCUAAACAGUGGUUCGUGAACCUGAAAGGAGAAAAGACGGUUUCCCAGUUAGAAAACUUCUGCAGAUACCUAGUUCACCUGGCCGAUACAAUUUACAGAAACAGCAUCGGCUGCUCAGAUGUAGAGAAAAGAAAUGCAAGAGAAAACAUCAAACAGAUCAUAAAGCUCCUCGCAAGUAUCCGAGCUCUCGACCACGCUGUGACGGUGGCCAACGACCACAAUGUCAAAGAACUGAAAACCUUAAUUGAGGGAAAAUAGAGCCUUUCACCAAGAGCAGCGUCACUGGAGCUUUAGAAGCCUUACUCCUCAUGUAAUUUUUGUAUAUAUGUAAAGUUUCUUAAACUGUAUAAACUGUUGAUCCCUGUUUUAAUACAGAGAGCAUUCUUAUAUACCAUAAUGCAUCCCUAUCAAGAAAGGUCUCUUUGGAAAACGGAAAUCCAGAAAGAUGACUUUCGAGAGUAGGAAUAGCAUUGUCCCGAUCGCCUCUCGAAAAGCCACAUUUUUUAACACCCCCUCGCGCCCCCCCCAACCGUCAAUCAGCCGUCUCUUGGGCUGCUUGACUCCUGCUAAACUGGCGUGUGUGUAAUGUCAGAUGUAUAAUCAUGUGCUUAUAUUUUUUACCAUUGUGGAAUCCCUUGCCCUAUGGAAAUCAUGGUGUUUUUUUUACAAUUGGAGAUUCAUUUUUUUCCAUUACCGAGUUCUGCAGCAGAAAGUUGUCCGGGGGACUUGCCUGCGGCGUUGCAGAAAUGAUUUAAAAAAAAGGGCUAGAAUAACUUGGAAAUAAUAGCGUCAAUUGGCUUGAAUUGGACCGCCUCGGUUGGACUCUCCGGAGACCGCAAUCCUUCAGCUGUCGAGUUUCGCGUUGACUCGCUCCGGGGAGAUCGUUCCCCUCCCUGUACCGCAGCAUCUCGAUGUCCGGAUCCGUUAAGCCCGCCACAUCCCUGGAACCAACUCUGGACAGGUUUCGGGUCAUACGCCGCAACCCGGAGCUUCGAUCCGGUCACGAGGAGUUGCCGCAGUCGGUUGGAUCGGCCCCGUUCCCGGCCGGAAGGGCCCUCCGUGCAAGAGAAUGGAGAGGAGGCCUUUUCUGCCGGGUUUUGGGGCGGGAUCGGAAGGGAGGGAAGCAAGCGGCUUGAGCGUCAGGCCCACGGCUUCAAGGGAGCGAUGCCUCUCUUCUGCCGGUCUUCUGCAAUAGCGGUAACUCCUGGCUCACGGUGCGACUUGUCACUACCCAAUUCCGUAUUUUCGCGAGCGGCAUUUGGGAAAAUGGACUGAUUUGAUUGUGUCGCUAAUUAAGGGCAGCCAGAUGGAAGCGCCCCUUGGACCUGAGUUCGCCUGCGGGGCGGAC